AUGACACAGGUCAUGUUAAUGGAUGGAAGCAAGCCCCAAGGGAAAGCAUCCAGCAUACCUAACCAGGGGGCAGUGCCUGACAGUCCUCAGCAGCAGUUCCAAGGCAAAAUAGCAAGCAUACCUAACCAGAUGGCAGUGCCUGACAAUCCUCAACAGCAGUUCCAGGGGAAAGCAGCCAGCAUACCUAACCAGGUGGCAGUGACUGACAAUCCUCAGCAGCAGUCCCAAGGCAAAAUAGCAAGCAUACCUAACCAGAUGGCAGUGCCUGACAAUCCUCGACAGCAGUUCCAGGGGAAAGUAGCCAGCAUACCUAACCAGAUGGCAGUGCCUGACAAUCCUCAACAGCAGUUCCAGGGGAAAGCAGCCAGCAUACCUAACCAGGUGGCAGUGACUGACAAUCCUCAGCAGCAGUCCCAAGGCAAAAUAGCAAGCAUACCUAACCAAAUGGCAGUGCCUGUCAAUCCUCGACAGCAGUUCCAGGGGAAAGUAGCCAGCAUACCUAACCAGAUGGCAGUGCCUGACAAUCCUCGACAGCAGUUCCAGGGGAAAGUAGCCAGCAUACCUAACCAGAUGGCAGUGCCUGACAAUCCUCGACAGCAGUUCCAGGGGAAAGUAGCCAGCAUACCUAACCAGAUGGCAGUGCCUGACAAUCCUCAACAGCAGUUCCAAGGGAAAGUAGCCAUCAUACCUAACCAGAUGGCAGUGUCUGACAAUCCUCAGCAGCAGUCCCAAGGCAAAAUAGCAAGCAUACCUAACCAGAUAACAGUGCCUGACAAUCCUCAACAGCAGUUCCAGGGGAAAGUAGCCAUCAUACCUAACCAGAUGGCAGUGCCUGACAAUCCUCAACAGCAGUUCCAAGGCAAAAUAGCAAGCAUAACCAACAAAAUGGCAGUGCCUGACAAUCCUCAACAGCAGUUCCAAAGCAAAAUAGCAAGCAUACCUAACCAGAUGGCAGUGCCUGACAAUCCCCAACAGCAGUUCCAGGGGAAAGUAGCCAGCAUACCUAACCAGAUGGCAGUGCCUGAUAAUCAUCAGCAGCAGUACCAAGGGAAAGUAGCCAUCAUACCUAACCAGAUGGCAGUGCCUGACAAUCCUCAGCAGCGGUUCCAAGGGAAAGUAGCCAUCAUACCUAACCAGAUGGCAGUGCCUGACAAUCCUCAGCAGCAGUCUCAAGGGAAAGCUGCCAGCAUACCUAACCAGUGCCUGACAAUCCCCAGCAGCAGUCCCAAGGGAAAGCAGUAA